GGGUGUAGUAGGUAAAACCCUUUUCUCUUGCGGGCGCUGUUUCUCUUUUAGCUUUUACCGCUUCUUCCGGUUCCUCUUCUCUCCUUCUCUCUCAUUAGUCUUGCUUCUUCUUCCAUUCUCUUCUCUUCUCUUCGUCUUCGUUUUGUUCUCUCUUCGCUAAUCUUGUGAUUCUCUCUCUUGGCGUUUGUCGUAGGCUAAUCGCCCUAGAUUCCCUCUUUCUCAGACGCUAAUCUCGGAACAAUGAGACCUGCCAAGGCUAAGGGGGGAGCAAGAGCCCUGAAACCUGUCGACGAUGGGAGAGUUGGUAAACGAAAGGCUGCUGCUCCAGUUGAUAAGGGUGGCAAAGGAAAGGCCAAGCAGACGAAGAAGGCCAAGAAAGACCCCAACAAGCCUAAGAAGCCACCUAGUGCCUUUUUUGUGUUCCUUGCUGAGUUCAGGGUAGAUUUCAAGAAAAAGAACCCCAAUGUGAAAGGGGUAGCAGCUGUUGGAAAAGCUGGAGGAGAGAAGUGGAGAUCUAUGACUGAUGCUGAAAAAGCUCCUUAUGAAGCUCAGUCUGCAAAAGCAAAGACCGAGUAUGAAAAACAGAUGAAAAUCUAUGACAAAAAGCAGAGUGCACCUGAUGAUGGUGAUGAAGAGUCAGAGAGGUCAAGAUCUGAAGUGCAUGAUGAAGACGAUGAAGCUAGUGGGGAGGAGGCGCAGCCGAAAGCGGAGGAAGCAGAGGAGGAAGAGGUGGAUGACGAGGAUGAAGGGGAGGAUGAAGGUGAAGAUGAGGAAGAUGAUGAUUGAAAUUGCAACUCCCCUAGCUGGUGAAGUGUUUAUCUUUGGUUAGAGUAGACUUUUGAUUUUGUAAACUCAGGUUGCAUGGUGUUUUUGGAAGCAGUCAACAAUAUUUUUGAACUGCUGUGUCCAUAUAGUAGAAUUACUUAAGCAGGAACAUAAGCAAUAGCUUUCCUGUAGCUUGUAUGAAUUCUCUAAGAUCAGUGUACUCUUUAAUGGUUUUGGAUAUAUGAUUUGCAACCUAAAAUCGUCA